AUUCCUCAAUCGAAUCUCAAACUGAUAAUAGCACGAAAAAAGGAAGAAAAAAAAUCAUCUUUUUAAUCUCUUCUUGAUUUCCACCUCCAAUAACUCAACACCCAUUUUCUAUUUUUGCCAAAAUCUCAUUUAUUUCUAUUCUUUUCUUCUUGAGUCACUUUGAAACUGACACUUCUCCUAUCAACAGUAACACCUUAACUAUCUUCACUUUCAUCAGGUACGGUGCCUUCUCAGAUUUGAGAAUUUCAUUAAAAAUUUCACUAUAAAGUGCCUAUUAGAUUCAUAUAUGAUAAAUCUAGCUUGGUGCCUAUUAGGUUGUGAGUGAAUAAUGCUAUGUUUGUUCUCAACAUUUUCUUAAUCUUUUACUUAGAUGUAGAUGAAUAAAGCUAGCUUGUGCUGAACUUCAGAUUUUUAGAUUAAGGGUGUGUGAGAACUGAGAAAUUUACUUCAUUGUUAGCUGAUUUUGCCCCAAUUAGAUUAGCUAGAGUGUAGUGGAUGUGGAUUUGUGAUUUUAGAUAUAGUGGCUUGACUCGGUCUGAUUCGAUUCGAUUCGAUUCGUGCAAGAUUAGUUGAAUUCUAGAGGAUUUUGGGAUAGUGGUGAAUUUAGAGUGAGUGAUUGAUGGCCAUUGCAAAGUUGGCUAGGAAAGUGAAACGCCCAUAUGGGUUAUGGGUGAAGAUGACAGCUGUGACAAUGUUGGGUUUGUGCUUCAUCUUUGUGUGGGGGGUGUUCUCGAAUUCGUCUUCGUCUAUUACCACACAAAGGGAAAGCUUUGAAGACAUUAUAGAACCUUCUUCCUCCUCUUCUACUUCUUCUAAAGGGGUUCAAACACAAACACAACUACCACACAAGAAGGAGGAGACUAAGGCAGAGGAAAAGCAAAAUUUUGGUGGCGUGUCGAAUAAGGAGAAGGAUGUGUUGGGGGAGGAUGAAAAGAAGGGUAAUAGUUCUGCCACCGUACCUCCAGAACAUGACAAAGGGGUGGCACCACAUAAAAGGGUGCAUAAGAAUGAUAGAGAUAAAGAUAAAGUGAGAGCAAAUGAAGUGUCUGAAUCUGAUGGUAAUGAUGAAUCAGAGGAUAAGGAAGAGAAAGAGGAGAGUGAAGGAGAGUUGGAAGGUGAAAAAGAAGGGUCUGAUCGCGACGGUGAAGUGGGUGUGGAUUUUGAAAUGGAUGAUGGUGGUGACAGUGGUUUAGCUGAAUCUUUGGAUCAGGAUUCUAAACUGUUUGAAGAUGGAGGUGUGGGAACAAGCAAGGGACAGUUUAAAGGGCCAUUGUUUGAUCCAAAUGCUAGCUAUAAGUGGAAAUCGUGUAGUACUCGGAGCAAGCAUAACUAUAUUCCUUGUAUUGAUAUUGAAGUUGGUGGUGGGAAGGUUCAGAGUUACCGUCAUACUGAGAGGAGUUGUCCAAGGGCGCCAGUAAUGUGUUUGGUUCCUCUUCCUCAUGGUGGAUACGGGUAUUCGCAACCAUGGCCUGAGAGCAAAUCAAAGAUAUUGUUCAAGAAUGUUGCACACCCGAGACUCGCUGCUUACAUGAAGAAGCAUAGUUGGUUGGUGGAGUCUGGCGAGUAUCUUACUUUUCCACAAAACCAGUCUGAGUUCAAAGGUGGGAUUCAGCACUAUCUUGAGUCAAUUGAAGAGAUGGUACCAGACAUUGAGUGGGGAAAAAAUAUCCGUGUAGUCCUUGAAAUUGGGUGUUCAGAUUCGAGCUUCGUGGCUGCACUUCUUGAUAAAGAUGUUUUAACAUUGACCCUAGGCUUGAAGCAUGAUCUAGUGGACUUGGCUCAGGUGGCACUCGAGCGUGGCUUUCCGGCAGUAGUUAGCCCUUUCGAAAGAAGAAGGCUUCCUUUUCCAAGUCAAGCUUUUGAUGCUAUUCAUUGUGGGGGUUGCAGCAUCCCUUGGCAUUCGAAUGGGGGUAAGCUUAUGUUUGAGAUGAAUCGGAUUCUAAGACCCAGUGGAUACUUUAUUAUGUCGACUAAACAUGAUAGCAUUGAAGAAGAAGAAGCCAUGACUUCAUUGACAGCAUCUAUUUGUUGGAAUGUUCUGGCACAUAAAAGUGACGAUGUUGGUGAAGUUGGAGUUAAAAUAUAUCAAAAGCCUGAAGGAAAUGAGAUAUAUGAAUUGAGGAGGAAGAAAAUUCCACCACUUUGCAAAGAGAGUGAAAAUCCUGAUGCAGCAUGGUAUGUUCGAAUGAAGAGUUGUUUGCACAGCAUUCCAAUUGGAAUUGAACAACAUGGGGCAGAGUGGCCCGAGCAAUGGCCGAAGAGGCUUGAAUCAUAUCCUGACUGGAUAAGCAACAAAGAGAAAUUGGUUGCUGACAUGAACCACUGGAAUGCUGUUGUUAACAGGUCCUAUCUCAAUGGAUUGGGCAUUAACUGGCCGAGCAUCCGAAAUGUAAUGGACAUGAAAACCAUCUAUGGAGGAUUCGCUGCUGCUCUCUCUUGGUCUCAACCGAAUGUCUGGGUGAUGAAUGUAGUAUCUGUUCACGCGCCAGACACACUUCCCAUCAUUUUUGAACGCGGCCUAAUUGGUGUCUACCAUGAUUGGUGCGAGUCAUUCGGUACUUACCCAAGAACAUAUGAUCUUUUGCAUGCUGAUCAUUUAUUCUCACGGCUCAAAAACAGGUGCAAGCAACCUGUAUCUAUUGUUGUUGAGAUGGAUCGAAUGUUAAGGCCUGGAGGAUGGAGUAUCAUACGUGACAAAGUUGAAAUUCUUAAUCCAUUGGAAGAAAUACUUAGAAGCAUGAAAUGGGAGAUAAGAAUGACCUUUGCUCAAGACAAAGAGGUUCUCAUCGUUGCUUCGACUUGGGAAGAUGGGAAUCCACCUUCCGGAGCACGUUUUUUUGCCACGUGGCUCGCGGAGAGCGUGAAGGAUUUUAGGGUUGGGGCGUUGCUUCUGAAGGGUUGUAGGUUCGGGGUGUUUGGUGUGGGGAGCAGGGCUUAUGGAGAGAGGUUCAAUGCUGUGGCUAAGGGUUUUGUGAAGCAGAUUAGGGAUUUGGGUGGGAGUGAGGUUGUGCCAUUAGGGGAAGGUGAUGUUGAUGGUGGUGAAUUGGAUUUGGAUUUUGAGAAGUGGUGUGAGAAGGUUGUUGGUUUUUUGAAAGGCAAGGUUUUGGAAAAUGGGGCUAAUGGUAAUUUGGAGUGUGGGGUUUAUGAUUCUGAGGAGGAAUCUGAAGGAGAGAGUGAUUUGGAGGAAGAGGAAAUUGUUGAUCUUGAGGACAUUGCUGGGAAGGUGCCACCAAGGAAGAAGACGGCAGCGGCAGCUGAGAGUAAUGGUAAUGGAAAUGGAAAAGUGAAUGGCCAAAGGGAAAUGGUGACUCCAGUUAUUAGAGCUAAUUUAGAGAAGCAGGGGUAUAAAAUUAUUGGUUCGCAUAGCGGUGUUAAGAUUUGUAGAUGGACCAAGUCACAGCUUCGAGGACGGGGUGGUUGCUACAAGCAUUCAUUCUAUGGUAUUGAGAGCCAUAGGUGCAUGGAGGCAACCCCUAGCCUGGCCUGUGCAAAUAAAUGUGUUUUUUGUUGGAGACAUCACACAAAUCCGGUGGGAAAAAGUUGGCAAUGGAAGAUGGAUGAUCCAAUAGAGAUUGUAAAUUCUGCAAUAGAGAUGCAUUCAAAUAUGAUUAAACAAAUGAAAGGAGUUCCUGGAGUUACCCUGGAGCGACUAAACGAAGGUCUUACACCACGACAUUGUGCAUUAUCUCUUGUGGGGGAACCUAUUAUGUAUCCAGAGAUAAAUACACUUGUGGAUGAACUGCACAAAAGGAGAAUUUCCACUUUUCUGGUGACAAAUGCACAGUUUCCAGAUAAAAUAAAGUCAAUGAAGCCUCUCACCCAGUUAUAUGUCAGUGUAGAUGCUGCAACAAAAGACUCCUUGAAGGCAAUUGAUAGGCCACUCUUUGGAGAUUUCUGGGAACGAUUCAUUGAUUCCUUGACAGCCCUGAAGGAAAAACAUCAAAGAACUGUAUACCGCUUGACAUUGGUAAAAGGUUGGAACACUGAAGAUGUUGAUGCUUAUUACAAGCUCUUUAGUAUUGGAGAACCUGACUUUGUUGAAAUCAAGGGAGUUACAUAUUGUGGCUCCUCUGCCACAUCAAAAUUGACGAUGGAAAAUGUGCCUUGGCAUGCUGAUGUGAAAGAUUUUUCAGAGGCCCUUGCUCUGAAAAGCCAAGGGGAGUAUGAAGUUGCUUGUGAACAUGCUCAUUCAUGUUGUGUUCUCUUAGCAAAGACUAAGAAGUUCAAGAUUGAUGGCAAGUGGUAUACAU